CCCCGGUAGCUGCCACUAGGGAAGGUGUGAGAUCAGAAGUUACUCCUGGUAUACAGCUGCUGGGAGGCCCAGUGAAGCUUGGAGCUGUGUGUGGGGGUGUUUCCCUGAAGGAGCUGCUGGUGAAAUAGAUACAGCUGAGCUGACUGCAGCACUUCUUGCUAGAGCACACCUGUCAAGAGGAUGAAUGAACAGCAUGACUCAAAACAAGGGUUCUUUGAAGAAGCUGAAUAAUGGGGCAUUCCUUACCUGAGGAAUGAAGGGAUUCCACAGCCUCUGUCAGUCCUCCUGCAAAUCUCUGCUCACACCAGAAGGGAAUUCAAAAUUGUUUAGUGGUGCUGAUAUGGAUUCUGAGCCCUCUGAGACAGGACCAGCAGCCACAGAGGUACCCGGCAUUCACGUCUGUGGACUCCUGGGACACAUGGGAUGCUUUUGAAGAGUCUGCAAAAGGUAAUUAAGAAGAGUAAGCUAUUGUCAGUCAACUUCAGUUUGCUGUAUAAGGACCACUGCAGAUCUAUUGGAAAAUGCUUAAGACUCUUCAAACUGAUGUAAGUGCACCAUCAGCUGUCAGUGUGGCAGGUGGCAGUCAGCCUGGAAUACUCAGCUCCAGGGAUGGAGAGAAGAACUUUGUGAGAGCAAGUGAACAGGAAGAAAGUAGGGCCGCUAGCAAAGGACACCAAAAAAAAAGAGGACAGCAGGACUUUGUGGAGAAUGCAUUAGAAAUAGGCUGGCAGUGUACAAAAUAGGAAAAGAUAAGUAGUUUGGAACUGGAAAGAUAAAUUAUUUGGUUAUAAAAAUGUGAUUUUGACAACUAUCUUGAAUGUCUAAACCUUCUGUGCCUGUCUGUAGUUUUCAGAUCCGCUAUCCUUACCAAAGGACAUUUGGGAGCAGAGUGCUCUACAGUGAAACUGGGCUGCUGCUCAUGAUCUUAAUCCUGGGUCUGAAACUUCCUGGUUAGGUGAGCUGGGCCGGUUGCUUUCCCUGAUUUUUAAGUUUUUACAUCUGUUAGGGAAGAACACAAUCACGCUUCAUGGAGAUGUUUACAGGAAUUCAUAGAUAAUAUGCAUAGAGUGCUUUGAACUUCAGGAGUACUGUGGAUGUAAUGAUGAACCUUAACCCACCUGUCCAUACAGAUGACCAUUUCUUAAAAAGAGAUAAAGUGACACCUGCCAUCACAAUCUAAACAGGGAACAUUACCAUCCACCUCACAGCCUUAUCCUUACCCCUGCCUGAACUGGAACAGACUUCAUCUUCUGGGCAUGAUUCUCAUAAAAGAACACAACAGGUAGUGACCAAUUUAGGCACCUCGGGUUCUGUGAGACCCAAAGCAGCAGAAAGAAAAGAGCUGCAGGAUCCAUACAGGGAGGUUUCAAGGAGAUGGGUACAAGACUAACCCCUCAGAGAACCCAGCUUCAACCCAGCACAACAGCUCCCUGUGGAUGUGCAGAGCAAGUGGCUCAGGACUGGUGCUCCAGGUGGACUUUUCAUGAGGAACACUGUUCAGGAGCACAGUGCGUUUCGAUUUGCUGUGCAGUUAUACAACACAAACCAAAAUACCACAGAAAAGCCCUUCCAUUUGAACUAUCAUGUAGAUCACCUGGACUCUUCCAACAGUUUUUCAGUGACAAAUGCUUUCUGUUCACAGUUUUCCAGAGGAGUUUAUGCCAUCUUUGGAUUCUAUGACCAGAUGUCAAUGAACACACUGACGUCAUUUUGUGGAGCCCUUCACACAUCCUUCAUCACACCCAGCUUCCCAACGGAUGCAGAUGUGCAGUUUGUCAUCCAGAUGAGGCCAGCAUUGAAAGGAGCCAUCUUGAGUCUCUUGACUUAUUAUAAGUGGGAAAAGUUUGUGUACCUCUAUGACACAGAACGGGGAUUUUCUAUUCUUCAGGCGAUUAUGGAAGCAGCAGUACAGAACAACUGGCAAGUGACAGCCAGAUCUGUAGGAAGCAUAAAGGAUGUUCAAGAGUUCAGAAGAAUUAUAGAGGAGAUGGACAGACGACAAGAAAAAAGAUACUUAAUUGACUGUGAAGUAGACAGAAUCAACACCAUUUUGGAACAGGUUGUAGUCCUCGGCAAACAUUCUAGAGGCUAUCACUACAUGUUAGCUAACCUGGGUUUCACAGACAUUGUUCUGGAGAGAGUAAUGCAUGGAGGUGCCAACAUUACUGGAUUCCAGAUUGUUAAUAAUGAAAACCCAAUGGUUCAACAAUUUCUGCAGCGCUGGGUGAGGCUUGAUGAAAGGGAAUUCCCUGAAGCUAAAAACUCACCAUUAAAGUACACAUCUGCACUGACCCACGAUGCAGUCCUAGUCAUAGCAGAGGCUUUCCGUUACCUCCGAAGACAGCGUGUGGAUGUCUCCAGGAGAGGCAGUGCUGGAGACUGCCUGGCUAACCCUGCAGUACCAUGGAGCCAAGGAAUUGAUAUAGAAAGAGCGCUGAAAAUGGUGCAAGUACAAGGAAUGACAGGGAACAUCCAGUUCGACACCUAUGGGCGGAGAAUGAAUUACACCAUUGAUGUGUAUGAAAUGAAAGCUGGUGGGUCACGGAAGGCUGGUUAUUGGAAUGAAUAUGAAAGAUUUGUGCCAGCAUUAGAUCAGCUCCCCUCUAAUGACAGCUCAUCUGUGGAGAACAGAACUAUAGUAGUCACUACCAUCUUGGAAUCACCAUAUGUAAUGUAUAAGAAAAACCAUGAACAACUAGAAGGGAAUGAGAGAUAUGAAGGAUAUUGUGUAGACUUAGCUUCUGAAAUAGCAAAACAUGUUGGAAUAAAAUACAAACUGUCAAUUGUUGGAGAUGGGAAAUAUGGAGCUAGGGACCCUGAGACUAAGAUAUGGAAUGGCAUGGUGGGUGAACUGGUCUAUGGGAGAGCAGAUAUAGCUGUUGCCCCCCUCACCAUAACACUGGUGCGAGAAGAAGUCAUAGACUUUUCCAAACCCUUUAUGAGCCUGGGCAUCUCCAUCAUGAUCAAGAAGCCUCAGAAAUCUAAACCGGGCGUAUUUUCUUUCCUGGAUCCUUUGGCUUAUGAAAUUUGGAUGUGUAUAGUCUUUGCUUACAUUGGCGUCAGCGUAGUUCUUUUCCUAGUCAGCAGAUUCAGCCCUUAUGAAUGGCACUUGGAAGACAGCACUGAAGAACCACGUGACCCUCAGAAUCCUCCUGACCCUCCAAAUGAGUUUGGAAUAUUUAACAGCCUUUGGUUUUCCCUGGGUGCCUUUAUGCAGCAAGGAUGCGAUAUUUCUCCAAGAUCUCUCUCAGGGCGAAUUGUCGGAGGAGUCUGGUGGUUCUUCACUCUCAUCAUUAUCUCUUCCUACACUGCUAAUCUCGCUGCCUUCCUUACGGUGGAAAGGAUGGUUUCACCCAUAGAAAGCGCAGAGGACCUGGCUAAACAAACCGAAAUAGCCUAUGGCACUUUGGAUUCAGGUUCAACCAAAGAAUUCUUUAGAAGGUCAAAAAUAGCUGUCUAUGAGAAAAUGUGGUCGUACAUGAAGUCGGCCGAGCCUUCGGUGUUCACCAAAACGACGGCAGACGGGGUGGCGAGGGUGCGGAAGUCCAAGGGGAAGUUUGCCUUCCUGCUGGAGUCGACGAUGAACGAGUACAUCGAGCAGCGCAAGCCCUGCGACACCAUGAAAGUUGGAGGCAACCUGGAUUCCAAGGGCUAUGGUGUAGCAACCCCCAAAGGCUCAGCAUUAAGAAAUGCUGUUAACCUGGCAGUAUUAAAACUGAAUGAGCAAGGCCUCUUGGACAAAUUGAAAAACAAAUGGUGGUACGACAAAGGAGAGUGCGGCAGCGGGGGAGGUGACUCCAAGGACAAGACGAGCGCUCUGAGCCUGAGCAAUGUUGCUGGGGUGUUCUAUAUCCUUGUGGGAGGCCUGGGGCUGGCCAUGAUGGUGGCACUGAUCGAGUUCUGCUACAAGUCUCGGGCCGAGUCCAAGCGAAUGAAACUCACCAAGAACACGCAGAACUUCAAACCUGCUCCCGCCACCAACACCCAGAAUUACGCUACCUACAGAGAAGGCUACAACGUGUACGGCACAGAAAGUGUGAAAAUCUAGGGAUCCUCACCCUGACAGCAUGCAAGAGGAAAAGCAGCAGAGAAUGUGGCUACUUCAUGGAUUUGGACCACCUGAGCCAGUCGUACUCUCUCCGAGAUGUCAGGCAUGACACGCGUUGAUGAUGGUGCAAUGUACUUUUAAUAGGAAAAACUGAUUUUUUUUUUUCCUUCAGUGCCUUAUGGAAGACUCUGAGACUCACAACAAUGCAAACCAUCACUGAAAUAUUCUUGCUUUGCUUGAAAGAAAUAAAAGAAGAGAGGAAAAUGAAAGAAAAAGAAAAUUAAAAAAAAAAGAGAGAAAAAGAAAAUAAA